AUGUUCAUGCCUUCCCGACGUCCAAAAGUCAUGAUUCUUAUAUGGAAAGAUAGAUAUUUUAGUCGUGACCCGCGGCGAAGUGGAAAGAGGUCAUUUGGAUCACUCGUUAGAGCGGAACUUAUUUUCUACCAAGACAUGUCCGACGAGCGCCUAAGUAGAACCCAUGGAGACUUUGAUGGAUCAAGAGGCCCGGGAUACCGCGCCCAAGGCCUUGGCUCAUCUACCGGUUGGUCGAGUAGAUGGUCGAGCUGGUCUUCAAGAUGGCUUCCUCCUUCUUCCUUUGCGUAUCCGGUUGAGCUGCGUCCAUGCAUCAAGUCCUUUCAUGCUCCUCACGUCCCAUAUGCUCCAGAAUGUUCCAAAAGACCUAUUUCAAAGGACCAAACAUGCAUAUGUAUGCAAAUGCAACCUAAAACUACUAUGAAUGCAAAAGAAGAGAAAAGGAACAAGAUAUGA